AUGGUCAUCUACGCUGCUGCUGGGCCGCUCAGCUACGACAUUCCGGUGUGGGCGGCCACGUGUGCCACGUUGACUGACUUGCGCCCUUCCGUUGGCAUCAUGGAAUUCAACCCGGUGUACCUGACUGCCUCGGCAUGGAGCGUUCGCGUCGCUGCACGCGGGCUUGCGCAUGCUCUUGGGUUCAGCUACGAGGCAAUGAAUCAGAAGGGCAUAGUGAAGUCAGAGCCGACCGGGCGUGGAGUACAGCGCAAGAUGGUGGUCGGAGAAAACGUUCGAGCGAGGGCGUCAGCGCACUUCAACUGCCCCUCUCUGAAUGGCAUGGAGCUGGAGAACGACGAUGCCAGCGCGCAACGGAAGAUGCCUCAUUGGGAGGAACGCAGUGCCCGGGACGAACUGAUGGCCCCCAUAGUCGGUGCCGGCUACUACACGGCACUGACGAUGGCGGUGUUUGCCGACCUGGGCUACUACCACGUAAACUGGAGCAUGGCGGAGCCGAUGGCGUGGGGCAGCAACACCGGCUGCGACUUCCUGACGAAGAAGUGCAAGGACAUGAAAGCUGCCAUCAACUACUCUCACAUGUUCUGCGAUGAGAAAGACAACACGACGCUUCGCUGCUCUUCUGAUCGUCUUCACGUCGGAACGUGCACCGCAUACGUCGUUGACCUCCAGGGGAGUGUGAGCGAGAAAGACGUAUGCCACGUCAUUUCGACGAGAUUUUACAGCGCAUCGUCUCAGAAAUCAUCCAAUGCGUGUGUGGAGGGAAGUAAGCAGACCCUUCCAGGGUCGCUGAUUGGGAGUGGCUCGUGGUGCCUGGACGCGGAGGCGCUGCAGGUGGAAAACAGCGGCGGUAAGAAAAUCGAAGGCGUGUGCGCAGAGGUGCAUUGUGAGGGCGGUGCAGUGAAGGUGAAGUACCUCGGCGCCAAUGAGUUUGUGCUGUGUCCCGAGGGAAGUGUAAUUGAAGUUGUGUCAAAUGAUCAUCUGCAGGGUGGGAAGCUCAAGUGCCCGAAGUACACCGAGGUGUGCACCAUCGCCGCCAACGGCAGCAGCCUCGUCAUUCCGAGCGUUUUGCAGGAUGUGGAGGGGAAGGGCGAGGAUGAGCAAAAGAGGCAGGAGGAGGAGGUUCAGCCACCAGAGUCACUUUCUGAUGUCUCGCCUCCUGCGGAGUCGCCUCCUGCGGAGUCGCCUCUUGGGGCUGCGGUUGAUGCUGAUGGUGGCGGCGUUCCUUCCACUCCGGAGGUUGAGGCGGGGGCGGUUGGGCUCGACACCGAGGCAGCUGCUGAGCCUGAAGAGGGAGCGAAAGGACUGGACGGUGCCGUUGCUCCCGCUCACCCUGCUGCUGCCUCGCCCCCGUCCGGUCGGUACCUCUUCCUCGACCGGGCGACGGCCGCU